UUCAGUUCCCAGUCAGUCUCAGGAGAGCUUUCCGACUGAACCAUGUUUCCACUACUUGUGGUGGCCUUCCUGUUGGGGGGGCUUUACAUGUACCGAGAGAUUGUUGUGAAAGGAAAGAGAUGCACCAGUGCUGUGAAACUGCAUGGGAAAACUGUGAUUGUGACAGGCAGCAACACUGGAAUUGGAAAGACCACGGCCAUUGACCUGGCCAAGAGAGGAGCUCGGGUAAUUCUGGCCUGUCGCAGUAAGCAAAGAGGAGAAGCAGCUCUGGUGGAUGUCAAAAGGGAGAGUGGUAGCAAAAAUGUGGUCUUCAUGCAGCUGGAUUUAGGGAGUCUGCAGUCUGUCCGCAGCUUUGCCGAAAACUUCUUGAGGCUUGAAACAAGACUAGACAUCCUCAUCAACAAUGCAGGUGUUUAUAUGCAGGGCCGCACCGAGGAUGGCUUUGGAAUGAUGUUUGGCGUCAAUCACAUUGGUCACUUUUUGUUGACCAACCUUUUGUUGGAUCGGCUGAAGGAGUGCAAACCAAGUCGCAUUGUCAACCUCUCGUCAGUGGCUCACAACUUUGGAAAGAUCGACUUUGACUGCCUUAACAAGCACAAGGCUUUGGGACUGGGAACAUCCUUCAGAGAGGUACUGCAGGUCUACUCUGACAGUAAGCUGUGCAACGUGCUCUUCACCCAUGAACUGGCCAAGCGACUGAAGGGCAGCGGGGUCACCUGCUACUCCCUGCACCCAGGAGCCAUCAACUCAGAACUGGCCCGGAACACCAGCUCCACUUUGCUACUUUUGCUGUACCCUGUGACUUCAUUCUUUUUCAAGAACACGGACCAAGGAUGCCAGACCUCCCUGCACUGCGCUCUGCAGGAGGGCUUGGAGCCCUUCAGUGGACGCUACUUCUCCAAUUGCACUGUGAGAGAGGUGUACGCGAAGGCCAAAGAUGAUGCUGCUGCCAAGAAGCUAUGGGAGCUCAGUGAGAGAAUGAGUGGUCUGUCGGGAUAAACUUGCAGCGGCACAAUAUCCGUAUCGAGAUGAGUGACGGACGUUGAUAUUUCAUGCUCAAAAAGAAUAAAAAUA